AUGGCUAGCUUCUUCGAUCUCAAAGCGAGAAAGCAAGCAGCGGCCAAUGGCGCUUCAUCCCAAAAGCAGGACAAGUCUUCGCAGCCACCACGAGCGCAACCCUGGGUCGAGAAAUACCGUCCGAAGACCCUCAGCGACGUUACAGCCCAGGACCAUACUGUGACUAUCCUGCAGCGCACUCUGCAAGCCUCCAAUCUUCCACAUAUGCUAUUCUACGGCCCGCCAGGUACCGGCAAAACCUCGACCGUCCUCGCUCUUGCAAAGGAGCUCUAUGGCCCCGAACUCAUCAAGACCCGCGUCCUCGAGCUGAACGCCUCUGACGAACGAGGUAUCUCCAUCGUACGCGAGAAGGUCAAAAACUUUGCACGCAUGCAAUUGACGAAUCCGACUGCCGAAUACAAGAAGCGAUAUCCUUGCCCUCCCUUCAAGAUCAUUAUCCUCGACGAGGCCGAUUCAAUGACGCAAGACGCGCAAAGCGCUCUGCGUCGUACAAUGGAAACAUACAGCAAGAUCACAAGAUUCUGCCUGAUCUGCAACUACGUCACGCGCAUUAUUGACCCCCUUGCCAGUCGAUGUAGCAAGUUCCGGUUCAAGAGCCUGGACCAGGGGAACGCUAAGCGAAGGCUGGAAGAGAUUGCGAAGAAUGAGGGCGUUGAGCUCGAAGAAGGUGCUGUUGAUGCCCUGAUCAAAUGCUGCGAGGGUGACCUGCGAAAGGCUAUCACGUUUCUGCAAAGUGCCGCGCGACUUGUCGGGGCGACGGAGAUUGCCGACGGGGACCAGUCUAUGGACGUCGACAAGAGACCGAUCACUGUCAAGAUCAUUGAAGAUAUUGCAGGUGUCAUCCCUGAGUCAACGAUCAACAGAUUGACAACCGCAAUCCGUCCUCAAAAGUCCGGAGACACGUACCAGAAUGUCGCCGGAGUCGUGGAGGAGAUGGUGGCCGAUGGCUGGAGUGCAGGCCAGGUUGUUUCUCAACUCUACCAGCAUAUCGUUUACGACGAGGCAAUUCCUGACGUUCAGAAAAACAAGAUAGUUCUCAUCUUCUCCGAGGUAGACAAACGGCUUGUCGACGGUGCGGACGAGCAUCUUUCAAUCCUUGACCUUUCGCUCAGGAUAUCGGGAAUCAUGGCCGGCCGGAGUUGA